ACGGUAGUUCUAUAACAAAGAACUAACGAAUAGAGGAUCAAAGGUUUCAGGUGCGAUAAUUAAAUUCUACAUGCGAUCAAAAUAAACUAAUGAAUUAUUUUGCCGAAUGGUGAUCUAUCAAGUGAAGAAGUGUCACGUGAGAAAACCGGUGCAGAUAUCUGCUGUGUCUGAUGUUAUUUUCCUCAAUCUCAGGGAGUUCUUGGGCCGGCUUUUGUCUUAUUUUUUUCGACGUGAACUGUGAUAUGACAUGAAAGAUUAGUGAUAUUCUGCAUUGACGUGCCUUCACUAACCAAUGGGGACGGAGAAUGAACUGACUUUAUUUUGAGAGGAACUCGAGAGGAAGUACGAUGGAAAUGCUAUGAAGAACGAGGAAACGGAGUGUCAAAGUUUUUUUUAUGUUGGAUUACCUUUUACAGUUGUACAAUGGUACGAGGAACGGCGAGUCAAAAAGUGUAUUAAAAAAAAAACUAUUUUACAAUCGUCAUCAUGAUUGGUAUAGGGCCCAUAUGAAACAGUCUGAUCACACAAUAUUCCGAUAUCAAUUUAAAAGCUUUAACGAAAGAAUGAUAAUGAUUCUUAAGAAUAGGGUAUCGUCUGAUCUAGUAAGAUAAUGUUAACAUGAAAUUGAAAUAAUUUUCUGCGUCAUUUUAUACGUGUCUCAUAAUAAACUUAAUGAGGUCCCGCAAAUGAGGGUAUAUUUUUUUGCUCAAAUUUAUUAGUACUUAGAACUUGCAAAGCUUAACUUAUCCUCCUCGAUGUCACACUUGUACGUUUCAUGCUUAAAAUUGUAACCUGACAAGAUUUAUUAAACAUAUACAUAUUUAUAAAACCUUUUUUGGUCACAUGCAAAUGCAUUUUCCCCGGUUCACAGGACGGAAGAAAAUAAAGUUGCCAAACUUCAAAAUUACCCGAUAAUCAUUCUUCAGCCAGGGGUCUGUCCACCAAGUCCACUGACGAUUAUUCUAUUUUUUUUUACUAAGGUUGCUGAUCAUUGUCACAGCACCCCCGUAACAACAGAUAAUCUUCCGUGGCCAUGCAGGUCCAUGUCUUCAGCGAAGUCAAAGGAUCUGUAAAGUACUUUAUAUCACACACAAGCUCAUCCACUCUCUUUUCUAUAUUUAUUGUUUGACGUUCCUUUGAGUAAACUCGCGAAUUAAUUUGUGACAAUUGUCUCAUGCGAGUGUAUGUUUUGACGACACAGUUACGUAACAAAACCCCUGUUCGAAUGAACUUGAUGGGGUGAUGCUUCAUGUUUGCCGAGAGAUAUCAAAAGACCCUCAACCCUCAACGCAUGUUGACAUUGUUGACCACUAGGUCUCAAGAUCUGUAAGUAAACACCUUUGAUAAAUCGGAUUGCGAUAUCAUGGAUAUAUUGCACUGAAACUGCCAACCACGGACAAUUAAUUACUAAAUAAUGAUCGAUAGCCAUAAGUUCGAUAACUUUUCCCCACUUAUACGAAACCUAUCGAGUGUUAUAGGUUGUAGUGUGAUCGAGACACAUAAAUCCUUGGGCAUGUAUUGAUAGGCACAUGCAUCGUCUGGCAAACUUGAACACGAUCGUCAUCAAACGGAUGAAAAUGGCUAUUUGUUGCCCGUGGAUGUCCAGAAGACACAGACAAAAAUAUGAUGAAAUUGACGACUCGGAUGCGAGUACGAAUAGAAAGGGAGCCACAGAAGCAUCAUCGUUGCUAAGAAACGGAGACGAUUCCUUGGUUGAUGCCUAUAUCGCCAGCUAUCGAUCAUGGGAAGACGAUGUCAACCUUUGGUCAGACCCCUAUGACGUCACACACACCAAGAUUAGCCAAGACAGAGAGCUCGAUGGACUCAUCCGAGACUGGCGGAAAGCAACCACAAACAUGGAAAAAAGGGUCAUAUACGAUAAAGUGCAGGCAAUCCGGAGAGAGAGAAAACUUGUGCGAGACAGAUGGCAAAAAGUUCUCGAAAAAUUAGGGUUUGCUUCUCAGGCCGAAAAUCUCGUCUCGAUUAGCGUUGCUUCUGGAAUAACACAGCCGCUACCGCCAUCAGACCAAGCUCUCAACCUUCAUCAUGUCCUGGUGUACCAGACAGACAUAUUCGGAGAUACCGAGGUACAAGACAAAAGAUAUGGUUUAAUCCUGGAUCGGCUUAUAGAAGUGGACAUCGCAGAUGAUUUUGUUGUGUUGGCAAAGAAAAUGUAUCCCCAAAAACCUGAAGGGAUUUGAAUCCAGAACUUCCGCACUUCCGGUGCUUAAGACAAGACAGCAUGGCAGAUCCGCUGAACUAAAGGGACUAUCUAUACGUAGUGUAGUCGAAAAUGACUCCACUGUGGCCCACUUUGGACAAAGUAUAGAAAAGAUGAUGAAGGAUGUUCUGCUUUUCGGUGAAUGAAGCCGCGACGGCCAUGGGACCAUCUGAACUUUGUCUACGUUGAAUAAUUUCAGACCAUAUAGAAAUCUGUUUCGACUUGGGACUAAUUCGACCUAGAGGAGGAAUACAAGGCAUAUUUUGCAUCAUCUUUGUUUUAAGAAAUUAUUGCUUCUACUCGGGCGAAUAUCGACUUACAGAAGGUCGCCUAAUGCAGCUAUCGCUCAAGAUGCAUUGAUGCAUAGACGAACUCUUGGGUUUUCAUUUGUUGGUCAGUGACUGGAUAAAAAAUACCCUUUCAAAAAGUUAAAAUGUCGUUUUGAAUUGGUACUUUAAAAAGUGCUUCGAGGGAGGAGAUGUUUGCAUUGCGAGACUCACGUGACAGUAAAACCGUCCCAAAAGCGCCAUUUUGUGGGAAAUAAUACUGUAUUGCUCAUUUCCCCAUCGUAUUUCUAUCUUUAAAAUAAGCUGCUGCCGAAAUGGACUAACAUAAACUAUAGGAGAGUUGGUCUUAUUAUGGUCGAUACUCGUACUUACACCGAAGAAGGAUUCUAAUAUGUGUGCAAGAAGACAAAGUGACGCUUGGCGAGAUGAUAAUAAGCAAUAGAAAAUGUGACGUUCUUUUCAUAUUUUUAUCUUUAUUUGAUACUUCCAUAUUUCAAUAGUAUUUCAUUCCAAAAUAAUAUAUUUUAAAGACACCUUUUAAGUUAUUGCAUUAGAAAUUCAAACAUAAUGGAUAUGGACAGUCAGAGAGGCAUGGUAUAAUGUAUUACAUGCUUAAAGGUUAAGUCCACCCCCC